AUGUCCGGCGACUUUUACUAUCCCCUCGCUCCACUCUAUGUCAACGUCAACGACAAGGUGGAACUGUCGUGGUGGUCAACGUUUGCCGAACGACUACAGUUCUGGUGCUAUGAGGCCAGCACCAAUCCAGAUCUAGGUUACAUAUACGAGUACGACAUUCCGCAGAAUGGCACUCAAGAUCUAGCGCUGCCAAUGCUGGAGCAGGACGUGAAAGAUUGGAGCGGGCCUGUCAGUUGCGGUGUCAAGUUUUACGAGAAGGGUGGAACCGCGUAUAUCUACGCCGCUUCAGUCACCAUAAGCUCUGUUGCGACUCAGCCCGCAUCAGUCUUUGCUUCGGCGUCGACAGUCACGUAUGAGCGCACCACGACAAGCGCGUCUGCUUCGGGCACGGCAUCUACCGCCGUCAACACAGGCAAUACAGCACCGCCAACCGUGACGCCCACCAAUCCAGUCGUCACCGCAACCACGAGCGACAGUGCUGGUCUGUCCACAGGCGCAAAGGCUGGCAUCGGCGCCGGCAUUGGUGUUUCCGCAGUGCUUGUCGCGGCGGCUGCCUAUCUGUUCUAUCGCAACCACCGCAAGCUGAAAGACCUUAACUCACGACUUAGCUACCAAUCUCAAGCGGAGCAGUUCAACAAGCCUCCGGGUGUUGCGGUCGCGCCUUAUAGAAGCAAUAGAUAG